AUGACAAACUUUGUUUACUUAUUUUGUAAAGUACAGAAAGCUGCUUAUUGUGAAAGCCCUUUCCUGAUGUCAGUCAUGUGUUCUACAAAUCAGUGCAACAAUCAAGAUUUUGAAUUCCUCUUGACGGGCUUUCCAGGACUUCAAGACACACAGAAAUGGCUCUCUAUUCCAUUCUUCUUUAUGUUUCUUGUUUCACUAUUUGGAAAUAUAACAAUCCUUCUCAUUAUAUCAAAUGAACAAAGCCUGAGGGAGCCAAUGUACUGUCUUAUUUCCUUUCUGUUAGCUGUAGAUUUCAUUACAAGUGUAGCUCUACUUCCACAGCUUUUAGUAACAUUGUGGUUUGGUGCCCUAACUGUUCAUUUUAAUACUUGCUUUGUGCAGAUAUUUUUUAUAUCUUUUAAUGGAGUCUUAGAAUCAACUGUAUUAGCAUUGAUGGCUUAUGAUAGGUAUGUUGCAGUGUGUAAUCCUCUGAGGUACUCAUCUAUAGUAACAAAGAAAUUUAUUGUCAAAGGACUCUUAUUUAGUGCAGUUAGAAGUCUUUGUUCUGUACUUCCUGCUCAGAUUUUUGCUAAUAUGUUACCAUUCUGCAGUAAUGGCACUGUUAGCAAUAUUUACUGUGAGUACUUUGCUGUGAUAAAUGUAGCAUCUACUCAUACAUAUAUAACUGAUGUUUUCAGCUACCUUACAGUUUUUCUGGUAGGAGCACCUGAUGUAACAAUGAUUGCAUUAUCAUAUUAUAUGAUUUUAAGAUCUGUAUUAAAACUGAAAUCAAAGGAGGCUCGCAAAAAAGCAUUUAGUACAUGCAGUUCCCAUGUACUUGUAAUUGCAACUUUUUAUUUUUCUGCAGCACUGGCAACACUAGAACCCAUUUUCCAAAACAAGGCUCCUGAAUAUGUUCAUGUCAUGCUUUCAGUUCUGUAUGUUGUUACGCCACCUGUAUUAAACCCUAUCAUAUAUGGUAUAAAAUCUAAUCAUAUAUGGCAAGUCUUGCUAAAACAUCUAAGAAAGAAUAACAAUAUUUCAUUAAGAAAUAAAACAAAUUAUCCUUAUUAA